GAGUCGUUGCGUGCGAGGGGGGCGACGUAAGGGCGCUCCGCGAGCCCGUCUCUUCUCGAAUGAAAGGAAACAACCUCCGGCGACAGAGCCCCGGUCCCAGGCGCUGCCGGAGAACCAAGACCGAGUUCUUUCUCUUUCCCCUCAUUGGCGCUUCUCCCCUGCCGUUCGCCUCUGGGCCCCGCCGCAUUUCUUGAGACAUAAAGUGGCAUUCUAAAGGCAAUUUAAAAAUCAUGUCAAGCUCAGUUGAACAGAAAAAAGGGCCUACAAGACAGCGCAAAUGUGGCUUUUGUAAGUCAAAUAGAGACAAGGAAUGUGGACAGUUACUAAUAUCUGAAAACCAGAAGGUGGCAGCACACCAUAAGUGCAUGCUCUUUUCAUCUGCUUUGGUAUCAUCACACUCUGAUAACGAAAGUCUUGGUGGAUUUUCUAUUGAAGAUGUCCAAAAGGAAAUUAAAAGAGGCACGAAGCUGAUGUGUUCUUUGUGCCAUUGUCCUGGAGCUACAAUUGGUUGUGAUGUGAAAACAUGUCACAGGACAUACCACUACCACUGUGCAUUGCAUGAUAAAGCUCAGAUACGAGAGAAACCUUCACAAGGAAUUUACAUGGUUUAUUGCCGAAAACACAAGAAAACUGCACAUAACUCUGAAGCAGCUGAUCUAGAAGAAAGUUUUAAUGAACAUGAACUGGAGCCCUCAUCACCUAAAAGUAAAAAGAAAAGUCGCAAAGGAAGGCCACGAAAAACUAAUUUUAAAGGGCUGUCGGAAGAUACCAGGUCCACAUCCUCCCAUGGAACAGAUGAAAUGGAGAGUAGUUCCUAUAGAGAUAGGUCUCCACACAGAAGCAGCCCUAGUGACACCAGGCCUAAAUGUGGAUUUUGUCAUGUAGGGGAGGAAGAAAAUGAAGCAAGAGGAAAACUGCAUAUAUUUAAUGCCAAGAAGGCAGCUGCACAUUAUAAGUGCAUGUUAUUUUCUUCUGGCACAGUCCAGCUCACAACAACAUCAAGAGCAGAAUUUGGAGAUUUUGAUAUUAAAACUGUACUUCAGGAGAUUAAGCGAGGAAAAAGAAUGAAAUGUACACUUUGCAGUCAGCCCGGUGCUACUAUUGGAUGUGAAAUAAAAGCCUGUGUUAAGACUUACCAUUACCACUGUGGAGUACAAGACAAAGCUAAAUACAUUGAAAACAUGUCACGAGGAAUUUACAAACUAUAUUGUAAAAAUCAUAGUGGAAAUGAUGAGAGAGAUGAAGAAGAUGAGGAACGAGAGAGUAAAAGCCGGGGAAAAGUAGAAAUUGAUCAGCAACAACUAACUCAGCAGCAACUUAAUGGAAACUAGGUAUGAAAGUUAAUUAUAUUGGCUCUGUUGUCAGGAUACAGUAUACACACUGAUAAAUACAUAUUGAGGUAAUAAUGUGCAGUAUGAUUUUUUAAUGCUAUUAUGUUUAGUUAAGCAUGUUACUAGAAUGCUGAGGAUGUGUAGGCUUGCAUAGUUUUUUUUUCUUUUAACUAGCUGAUUUUGUAACAGUAAACACAAGCUAUCCACUUCAUCAGUAAAUGUAGUUGUAAUGUCAAACCAAUAAGAUAUUCUUGCUCCUCAAUAACAUUAUAUUAUUGUGUUCCCCUCAAGCAUCAUAUUUUACAUUUUUUUAUCAUCUUUUAAACAGGUUCAUGGGACAGAGUUAGAAAACUGGGAAUGAAUAAGACAUCCAUAACUACUAUUCUUUUUUCACUGUUUUCUAAAAUCAAAAAGGGUUUGUAACUUUUUACUGCCCAACUCUUAGAUCCUUCAUUGAACUGCCUAAAAACAUCUUGUUUGUUUUAUGAGCCUUCACUAGAUGGCAGAGUUUGACAUGUUGAUAUUACGUAGCUGUAGUUUGCAGUUUCUGGGAAGCAAUUGAAACACUAUUAACCCUGUGUAUAGUGUCAACAGUUAAAGCAGACAUUGAAAUGAAGUAAGCUAUAUUUCUGGACUGAACAAAGUUCUACUGUUUAGAGUGUCUAAGUUUGUUUAGUGGAUUCAUACUCAAGGAAAAGCAUAAGCAAAUUUCACUUUACAGUGCAAACACGCCUCUGGUGGCAGCAUAUGGGAAUUUGUGAAUUUUUUUUCCACACUCAAGUAAUGGAGGCUAGAAAUGAAGAGAACCUUCUUUUUCUCUUGGCUUCGACAGCACAUGCUAAAAAUCUCUUCCAAGAAGUGUGCUAAAGCUUUUCAUUUGGUUCCUGUUAAAGUUGUUCUCACUGACCAGCAUGGACUCAGGCAACUGGUGAUUAUAAGCUCUGAGCUCCAGUGCUUAUGGCAAAAUUCUCUUGACAGUAACCCUCUUCUCUUUUCAUGUCAUACAAAGAGCUUCUAGCAGAAUGAUUGUAUCCUUUCAAGUUUAAACUAACAUUUGGCAACAGCAAAUCAAGCCUCUUUAACCUUUAAAGGGUUACCACUUACUAAGGACUUUAGCCACCGUGUCUGAAACCCAUUCCUCUCAAGUGCUGUGUUGUUGUGGAACACUUCAUAUAUUGGCCCAAAGUAUGUAAGGAGAUCUCAUGUGCUGUAGAAGUAAAAAAAAAAAAAAAAAAAAAAAA